CGUUAGUUUGGGGGUUCCCCGUCAUCAGUAUCCGGAUCCGGAAUAUUUAGCUUAUGUUAGCAUAUUUUUUGGUGUGUGUGCAUAUUUUUGUUCGUAUUCGCGUUCCCGAGAAAGUAAGAACUAAAAAUAAAUCUUAUUUUAGCGACGUUGUAGGUUAAGUUAGUGCUUUAAAAUGGGUAAAAAUAAAGGCAAAGGCAGAAAAAAAUUUGUAGCUUUUGAUUCAAACAAUUUGCCAUCACAAUCUGAUAGUGAUAAGGCGACAAGUAAGACCAGCAAUAAAAAUCCUAAAAAUAUUAAAAGCAAUAGAAAUGAUGAUACCACUCCAAUAGAAAAAUAUUCUGUGACACUUACAAGUGAUAUUGAAUCGUCUGCUGAUGUAUCAACGACUUCUAAUAGUACUAAAGGAGACGAAAGUACUGAUACCUCUACCAAAUUAUGUGGACCAUUGGAUGAAAGUGUUUUAGAUGAAUUUCCGACUAUUAAAGAUAAUAAACAGAACAUUUCAAAAUGUGAAAAUGAAAUAAGUUAUGGAAACCAUGAGCCGGAAAAAGUCAAAAAUGGAAUUCAAAAUUUAUCUGUGAGCUCUCACUCUGAAGAUUCGUUCAAUAAAAAUUCUACUCAAUUUGAAAGCAGGGGUAAUAAUGAAUAUAGAAAUUACAGAAAAAGUUUUAAUAAUGCAAAACGAGGGGGCGGUAAGGGAACCCCAUACCAGGAUUCGUCAAACUUUUACAAGGAAACAUAUGAUGCCGAUACGUCCACCAGGAGGAGACCUCAGGGAACUGGUUAUGAUCGUCGAACCAAUGUAAAUAAUACUAAUUAUAAUGUACAACAAUCACAACAAAAAACUAAGGAUCCGUGUGAUGGUGAAUCUUUCCAGUAUGAUCACAGAAGAGGUAUUAAUACCCGUCAAUAUUCAUGCAGGUACGAUAAAAGAAAUGACUCAGCCAAUCUGGGCGAUGGUGAAUCUUUUCACAGCAGUGGUACCCAGUAUGAAGGCAGAAGAGGUAAUAAUACUCGUCAAUAUUCAAACAGGUACGAUAAAAGAAAUGAAACAGCCAAUCAAGGCAAAUAUUUGAAAGACAAAAGUGCAAAUUACAAAAACUCUGCACCCCUUGAAGACUUAUCAAACUUUGAAACACCACUAAAUCCAAAUGUACCUGAAACACAGAAACCGGUAUCCGGAAUCUGGGAUAAACCUGUUGAUACAAAUAAAGAGAGGAACAUCGGACAGUAUCCACCACCGGGAAAUAAGAAUUGGGAAGCUCAAUGCUGGGAUGAUCAGAAUUCCAAUAAUCAACAUACAGAACAUCAUUCAAGUCAAAAUUUUGCGGAAACGGAAAUUAUUAACCCUGGCAAUAUAAAUACAGAUAGUAAUAGUGGAACGAAUUUAGUACCGGAAGAUGAGGAUUGGGAUGCAGAAGCUGACGGUUAUUCCAAUAAUCAGCAUACAGUAAUACAGUCAACCCAACAUUUUUCAGAAACAAAGUCGAGCGACGCAGGUAAUAAUUGGUUGGAACAUACACAGAACGAUUCAUUCAAAUACACACCACAUGCCGCAGUUGAUUUAUUUGAAAACAAUUUUCCUGAAAAAAAUAAACGUACUGACAACUGGAGAAGCAAUAAUAGGAAAAGCUUGCCUGCUAUGCCCUCGCAUCGUCAGGAUACUACAAAGAGAUUCAGCGAGGGAAAUAAAGACGACUGGAACAAAGAAAGCCCAAGGAACAGAAAUAUCUUCGACAAACGUUCUGAGAGCACCGACAAGGAAUACAAAAUGUUUCUUGAGGAGGAGAGGAGGAAUGAGAAAGUCAUAUUCGUGAGAGUGGAGGAAAUUCAACAGGAUUUGUUUGAAAUGCCAAAAGAUUAUUCCUUGGGCCAUUGCGUCGCUGAAGAUAUGAGGAUGGGAAGCGGUAUUGCCGUUACUUUCAAGAGGGAGUUCAAGCAGAUGGAGUGCCUCUUGGAUCAGAGACAGAAACAGGGUGGUCUUGCAGUGUUGGAGGAUGAAGGUAAAGAAGGGACUAGGUACAUUUAUUACCUGAUCACUAAACGUGAGUCGACCGGAAAACCGACCUACGAAAAGUUCUGGUCUUCGUUGCAAAAGAUGAGGAACCAUAUUAGGGAGAACGACGUGAAAAAACUGGCAAUUCCCCGACUGGGAUGCGGCCUGGACAGGCUGGAAUGGGACCGGGUGAAGCACAUGAUCGAGUUUCUGUUCAGAGACGUAGACGUGAAAAUUACCGUCUGCAAUUUCCAACAGAGCGAAGAAUCUCCUGAUAAAUCCCUAAAUUAUACGUGCAAGGUAGUAAACGUAGAAAAGUCCAUUGCCGAUAUCGAAUCAGAAACGAUCAUAAUGUAUCUAUCUUCGGAGGACGGGCAUAUAUCGAAGGAAAUGGAACAACUACAGAAAAAAUUUUUCUUCCUCGACCAGUUCAGACGUUCGCCGAAACAGUUGGGAGAUGUUAUAAGAUACGAAGACAAAUGUAAAUACUACAUAUUAUAUGGAUGCAUUGUUAGAAAGACCAGCAAGGAUCCCUUCAGCUUUUCAAGCUUAUUCAAGUGCAUUUCACAGAUCAAUAAGAGUAACAGGAAAGAUAAAUAUGUAUACGUAGGUAUACAGGCUAUUAAAGAUGAUAAUGAUGAUUUGCUAAUGGAGAAAAUUUUAAGUCUUCUGAAGAAUUAUCUGAGUAAAGUCGAUAUAUAUGUUUGCUGGUCCGACUUGCUGGAUAAGAUGCCUAUUUCCUAUCGAGACUCUUAAUAGGGCUUUAUUCAUAUUUUUCUACCAGAGGAACUCAUGAAAAUAGCGAUAGAUACAUUACGGAAUGUUUUUAAUAAUCAAUUUGUAGGUAAAUAACUUAAGUUAGUUUUUUAAGUUUUUCGAAAGGGCAAGUCAAAAUUCCUUCCGCAGCCUUAAAACAAUAAAAUGAAACAAGUUCUUAUGAACAAAUAGUUCAAAGAUCUUCAUUGUCCAGAAUUAACUUUUUUUUAGUACAAUUUCAUGUAAAUAUAAAAUGUUUUGUGACUGUGUAAAGUAGAAACUUGCGGAUUGUCGCUAAAAAUGCAUUGUUUCAGGGAAAAACAGGUUUCAAUUUUCUGCUGCGGUUUCAGUUAUUUUGGUGUGUUCGAGUUAUUAAACGUUAUAUUAGAUAUUUUUUAAGAUUUUAUUCAAAUGUUAGAUUCUAGUAAACUGAAAAUAGUUCCAUGAAACAAUAUUUAGAGACCUAUAUUACAGCUGAUAUUCUUUCGAAUGCAGUUAAGUUGGUAUAAAUCGUAAAAAAUAAUCAAUACAGCUGCAAAUUUUACAGAAAAAUGAUGUUUGAUCAACUUUUUCUACUUAUUUGCACUCGUAUAAUGACGGAUGGAAAUAUUCUCAGUUCGCAGUGAGUACAAACGAGUAUAAAAUGCCUCCAAAACCGGUAACGGCAGUAGAAAAUUGAAAUCUUUUUUUCUUCUGGAAAGAUGCGUUUCAGAGAUACGAGUAUAUCCAACAGUUUGAAAACCAUUGAAAAUUUCAAAUAUGCCACAAUUUGUGCUUUACACGGCGACAUAUUUUUUUUUUAUAAAGUUUUUUAUGAAAUUUGCAUGCAACUGGCUUUUCGUAUUCACAUAAAAUUGUACUUGAUGGAGAUGUUAGUUCUCCGUCAAAUUAGGAAAAAAUUAAAAAAAAAAGCAUCUACUUUAGAGAACGGCGUUUGUUAUGUUGUUUUGCAGAGUUCGCCGUUCACGAAUAGGGAGUUAAUUUUGACUCGGCCUGUAUUCUGUGGGGAUAAAAUAUUUAUCUUUAUAUAUAUCUUGUAGUGCCGAGGAAUGAGAAACUGUUUAUUAACAAUAAUUCCAAUAUAUCUUAUUAAGUAAAUAUAAAACUUUCAAAAUCAGGAAAUUCGCCUUUAAGGAUGAACAUUUUCGCAGCUUCUCUAAAAACCUUCUCGAUCUAUACAGAAAAGUGCACUUUUUAUAAAAUAGUAAUGAGGCAGUUUGUUUAGACGUGUAUUUUGAAUUUCCCGUCAAAAUCAGGAUGCUUUAUGGGAUUAUAGAUAUAGCUUAGAUAUACUUUCAGCCUUACCUUGCUUUGUUUAUAUUUACAUUAUAACUAAUAUCGAUAUAUGUACGAUUUUUUUUUAGAUUAAUAAAUAUUACCUAUUUUA